CGACUCUUCCAGUUCCCCCACCACGGUGACUGGACCCUCAACCACUCACGACUGACGACCACCAUCUGGCCUGCGGAUCAGCUCGCACAUCGAGCGGAACCUUCUGCACUGUGCAUCGCAUCCGCAUACUACAAGUGCUAGCUCACGUCUGGCGCAUCGACCGCCUCCUCUCUCCUCCGUAACGUUAACGCGAUGGCGACCCAACCGCUUACGAACAUCUCUGUGACGGCGACGGCCACAUCGAGUGCGCCGUCCGGGAGCUCGAGCGCGGACUCGGGCUCUUCGGGGAGCGGGGACGAUGGCACGACCUCGUCUGCUACGCUAUAUCUGUAUACGUUCCUCGCGACCCUCCUCCUGCUCCUCUCCGUCUCCGCCGCGAUCGUCGUGCGCUCCUACCUCAUCCGCCGUAGACAACGGCAGCUCAUCGCGGAUGCCAUUCGGGACGGCCUCAUAUCCGGCGUGCCCGCGCCGGGCGUGAGUUUCGAGCGGGCCGCGCUGCUCGCGCGGAAGCCGGAGCUGUUCGACGUGUAUCUCGGGCAUGCGCCCGCGGAGAGGGAAAAGGGCAAGGGGAAGGAGAGGUUGCAUGGCUGGAGGGAGAGCACGAGCAGCGCGGGGAGCGUCGGGGGCGGGUGGUGGAACGCCGUCAUGCCCGUGGCGGCGAGGGAGGCGAAGACGUCUUCAAGGAAAAGUCGGCCUGUGCCAACGCCACCGCAUUCGCAUUCCCCGCCCGUACGCCCGUCAACGUUCGCGCGCUUCCGCCAACGACUACGAACAAUCAUGCCCAUGCCCUCCGUGGGAGCCUCCGUCCUCCCCGCACCCGCCACCUCCACCGGCCUACGGCAACCGGAAGCCGUCGAGCUUUCACCACAGAGCGCCCCGUCGUCUGCGCGGAACGGCCGGGCACUGGACGUAGCUUUCUUGGUCGCCAUGCCCGCGCCGCACCACGAGUCCCAUCAUGUCGAACAGGAGGACGUACCGUACGUCGAGUUUGGCAUCGCGAGGGUGCGCGCGCGGGAGGAGGUAGUGUUGGAUGAGGGCGAGCCUCACUAACGCCAAAACGUGCUGAUAAUCUCGGAUGGGACAUGUACUGCUAUUGACUGACUGUUUGUUGUACGACUAAUACCUGUAUACCUCCGUGUUUCUCGAUGUUGUUGUAGAGUACUGCUUUGCGGACUGGUGUAUCGAUGGAUUGCACUCCUACGUGCGACGAGUUGUGAAGUCCCUGGAAGCAAAGUUGUCCAGAGUGAUUGUUGAAUUGAGUGAGUGCGAACUUGGUAUCAUACGAACCGUCAUAUGGCACUACCGCUGGGUCGAUGUAUGAGAUCGGAAUCUGAGCU